AUGACGAAAGAUGAAUUUUCUGCAGAUUAUCUCGUGGCUCGUGCUUCGUCCCCCAAUUCCUUUGUGUAUUUCCUUGUGCAUGUUUGGUACACAAAUAAUCUUGUGCGCCCUGGCCUUCUUUUAAUUUGUUUGCUCGUAAUAUUUGACACAAUUAUGUGCCUUUUUUGCUAUGAUCUGGUACUCUUAGUCUUUGUUGGUCUCCGUUGGCUGCUAUAUGGGGCUUCUUCGGUUGGCCUAGUCAUUGUAGGCAAUAGUCAGAUUUUUGGUCGCUCGAGUUCCAGUUGUGGGCCAGGUGGUGAACCCUAUGCAUUAAAUGUUGGUACAGAACAAACUGUGAGAGUAGGAGGUCUUAUUUAUUUCCUUAUCUUUUAUGCACGUUUGCAGGAUUCAUUUGAGAUUCCACGGGAUCAAUCUUCUAAGAAUGGAGAUAUUGAAAUGGGAACACAGAUUGCUCAAAAUUCUGGAGAUUUAGGCUUGGACAAUUUCUUUAAGCAGGUUCAAGAGAUUGAAAAACAUUCUGAAAAACUCGAUAAGCUACUCAAAAAGCUUCAGGAUGCUCAUGAGGAAUCCAAGGCCAUAACUAAGGCUGCUGCUAUGAAAGCAAUCAAGAAACGAAUGGAAAAGGAUGUCGAUGAAGUUGGAAAAAUUGCCCGCCUUAUUAAAUCAAAAAUUGAGGAACUUGACAAAGAGAAUUUAGCUAACAGACAAAAGCCUGGAUGUGGAAAAGGAUCAGGGGUAGACAGAUCAAGAACUGCAACUACAGUUGCCAUGAAGAAGAAGUUCAAAGACAAGAUGUCUGAAUUUCAGACUUUAAGAGAAAGCAUCCAUCAAGAGUAUCGCGAAGUAGUCGAGAGGCGUGUAUUCACAGUGACGGGAAAUCGAGCUGAUGAAGAGACAAUUGAUAGAUUAAUAGAGACUGGGGACAGCGAACAGAUUUUCCAUAAAGCAAUUCAAGAACAAGGGCGAGGCCAGAUAAUGGACACGCUUGCAGAAAUUCAAGAGCGUCAUGAUGCCGUUAGAGAUUUAGAGAAGAAGCUUCUAGACUUGCAACAGAUAUUCAUGGACAUGGCAGUAUUAGUGGAUGCUCAAGGAGAUAUGCUCGACAAUAUUGAAUCACAGGUUUCAUCUGCGGUCGACCAUGUGCAAUCCGGUAACACCGCGCUUCAAAAAGCAAAAAGUUUACAGAAAAACUCGAGGAAAUGGAUGUGCAUUGCAAUCCUCAUUCUCCUUAUUAUCGUGGCAAUAAUCGUUGUGGGUGUACUGAAGCCAUGGCAGAACAAUAAUGGUGCUUAGCUAUUACCACACCAUGUAUUAUAUCAACACAAAAAGGAUGCUAAAUGGAAUUGUUUUCCUACUUACACUUCAUCUUCAUUCUCGAGGUCAAUUCGUUUAAAUUUGUGUGAGUGUGAGUGGAACCAAUUAUAUUUAUAUAUGACACUCUAUUUGUAAGUGUAAUGUUCUAUCUUAAAAAGUAUGCACAUUGUCUUCCUCUAGUU